AUGUCUUCCUCCAAACGCAGAAAAUCCGGCCGCGCUUCACGUAGUUCAAGCCAUGAGGAAUUAGAGUUUUCAGAUACCUCUACAGAAUCAGAGGAAAUGGAAGAAUUAAAUGAUGAAGAAGAGCAAAAACCAGAAGAAGAAAAGCAAAACGCAGAAAAACCAGCUCCAAAAUUACCAUUCUUCCUAUCCUACUUCAAUCCUCCUGAGGGAUUGCCUGAACCUCCGAUACCAUACGAGCCUCCACCGCCACAGGUACAAGCUAUCAUUGGUAUGAAGGAAGAAGAGAACGAACCAUCGCCUGUAGAUCAAGUUUACUUCACUAAAUGGAUUGGUAGAGCUUAUAUACAUGCAUCAUAUGAAUGUCAAGAGGAUCUUAAGCAAUGCGAUGGUGGAGACUUAGCUCUUAAGAAGUUCAACAACAAGCUCAAAGGAUUUGGACUUACAGCUUCAACAUCUCAGCCAGAAUUAUCUACUUUCGACCCAGACGAUAUUAACAGCGGCUGGUUUGAAGUUGAUCGCAUUAUUGCACAUGAAAACAAUAAAUACCUUGUCAAAUGGGGCAACUUACCAUACGAUCAAGCCACAUGGGAAUCAGAAGAAGAUUUACCAGAGCCAAACAAGAUUGACGAGUUCAUAGCUAGAAAGGACCGUUGCGCGCCAAUGCAUACACCUGAUGAGCCUAAAAUCGAUUCAAAACUUUACACAAAAAUCGAAACUCCUUUGGAAGAUAAGCGCGGAAACACUCUUCGCGAUUACCAACUUCAAGGCCUUAACUGGCUUCGUUACUGCUGGUACAAUCAUUACAAUUCGAUCCUUGCCGAUGAAAUGGGUCUUGGUAAGACUGUACAGCUUGUUACUACUCUCAUAGAGGUCUCCAAGGCAUCAGGCAUCAGAGGACCAUACUUAGUUCUCGCUCCUUUGUCCACAUUGCACCACUGGGAGAAAGAAUUCCAAAAUUGGUCAGAUUUGAAUGUGAUUGUUUACCACGGCUGCCCGCUCGCCAAAGAGGUUAUACAGCGCUACGAACUCUGCAAGAUAGAAAACGGCGUAAGAGAUACAGAAAAACUGAAUUGCGAAGUUGUUAUCACAAACUACGAAACGUUUAUGUCUGAUUUCGAGAUAUUCCGCAGGGUAGAGUGGAGAUACCUCGUUCUCGAUGAAGGACAUCGUUUAAAGAACCAUCAAAGCAAAUGCUACGGAUUAUUACAGCAAUUAUCAUACAAACACUGCACAUUACUUACAGGUACACCUAUACAGAACAAUGUUGAAGAGCUCUGGUCUCUUCUUCACUUACUUCAACCAGAACUUUUCGAUGAUCUUCCUGCUUUCCUUCAAGAGUUCGGCCAAAUCGACAACGCCCAAACUCUUCAAAAUCUACAGCAAGUCAUCAAGCCAUUCCUUCUCAGAAGAAAAAAAUCCGACGUAGAAACAACAAUUGCAGCCAAAGAAGAGACAAUUAUACAAGUCGAGCUUACUAGGACACAAAAGACCUUCUACAGAGCAUUCCUUGAUGAAAAUCGUGAUGUUCUACUCUCACAAAUUACAUCAGGUGCAUUACCUUCAUUAAAGAACCUCAUGAUGCAGCUCCGCAAGGUCUGCAACCAUCCUUACCUCAUCAAAGGUGCAACAGAUACCAUUUUGGAGCAAUUUACAAAGGCAUCUCCAGAAAAUACUCCCAAAUCAGACAUAGAACUCAAAGCGCUCGUCCAAUCAUCCGGCAAACUCAUUCUCAUUGACAAGCUGCUACCGAAACUCAAAGCAGAUGGUCACAAAGUCCUCAUUUUCUCCCAAAUGGUCAAAGUAUUAGACAUUUUAGAGGAUUACAUCGCAAUCAAGGGCUACAAAUGCGAGAGAAUCGAUGGAAGUGUAGCAGAAAACGACAGACAAGCAGCUAUAGAGCGUUUCGGAAACGAUCCAGACGCAUUCAUCUUCUUAUUAUGUACAAAAGCAGGCGGAGUAGGUAUAAACUUGACAGCAGCUGAUACUGUGAUCAUCUACGAUAGCGACUGGAACCCACAGAACGAUAUCCAGGCCCAAUCUCGUUGCCAUCGAAUUGGACAGACACAAAAGGUGAAAGUAUACAGAUUGGUAACUCGCGGAACGUACGAAUUGGACAUGCUAGACAGGGCGUCCAAGAAACUUGGCUUGGAUCACGCUCUGUUGGACAGUGUCGAAGUAUCAAAUAAUCCGAAGAUGGAAGCUCAAGAGAUUGACAAGCUUUUAAGGCGUGGAGUGUAUGAUAUCGCUAAUGAUGAUGAUACGGAAAUCGAAAAGUUCUGUGCUGCUGAUAUUGACCAAAUUUUGUUGGAUAGAUCUCAUGAUUUGAAGACGAAUGAAUCGAAGACCGAUUCUAGCUUCUCCAAAGCCACGUUUAGUGCAGAGACAAACGACGGAAUCGAUGUAAAAGACAAAGAUUUCUGGCAGAAGAUGAUGCCGAAGAUUACAAUGAAAGUAGAGAAGCCCCUUGAGCAGAGAAGAUGCCGCCAGCACAAGACGCAGUCAACAAUCUACGAAAGCGAUGAUGGAGAUGACGAUAAACCAAGAAGAAGAGGUUCAACGCCAUCAGGCAUCCGCCAGUACAUCAGAGAUAUCUGUAAGCAUGGUUUCAAAGGCUCUGCAGGCGAAAGAACAGUCCUUUACACCGCAGCAGAAAAAGCAUUGUUGGAUCCAGCCGACGUAGCCAUUAUUUUGCACUUGCUGAACAUCGAAUCGUUCGACGACAGACCGGAAGACAUUGUCACCAUGCAGGAGAAGUAUUCCGGCUCUCUCAAGGAGUGCAUUGAGAAACAAAAUUCUAUAAUUGGUCGGACAAUGCUCUUUUACAAUUUAUCAUUAAUUCUCACCGGCUGUGCAGAAGACCUCAAAACAUGGCCUGUCAGCGGUGUAGAUGAUGAUCCUCUCUACGAAUACGCAUUAAUGUACGCAGUUGCCAAAAACGGCUUCGUAGAUGCAGACAAACUCUUCCAAGGCACAGGAUACCACACAGAGAAGCAGUUGUUAGACAAAGAUACAGUCAGAAUCGUCAAACAGCUCGUAAAGAACCUUGGAGUUCUUGCAGCCAACGUUGAGCAAGCAGACAAGGAUUUCAUGACCCCUGAAGAGUGGAAACAAGCCCAUGAGAACCUAUUUAACAGAACAAUCUUGAGCGACGAAGAAUAUAUCUUAAUUUUCCAGUUGAUCGUUCUUUACGGCAUUCCAGAGCCAAAAUAUCCACCAGCAGAAGGCCAAGAUCCUAAACUCGACUUCUACGUCAUCCACGAGAUGUCGAAUCUCAAGUGUCUCAAGUACGAAGCCAUUGAACAGUGCUGCCAAGAGAUAACUGACCUUGCGCAGGACAAAUUGGCUCCAGGACAGACAGACAUGGUUCUUAAGCGUCUGAAAGAUUACGGAAACAGGAUCUGGAUGAAGAAGUUGAGAGACAACAACAGGGAACUGAGAAGAAUCAGGAAUUUCCUCGAAAGAAUGGCAGAAGACGAGAAACAACUCAUUCCGAAGAUGAGAAGUUUCGAAUCAGCUCCUGACUGGUGGUCCGCCGAAUUCGACAUUGCUUUGAUGAAAGCACUGGCUCAAUACGGACUUGUCUAUGUUUCUGUGUUUUUGGUUGACGAAAACUUGCCUUUCCUGGCGAUGCUUCCUGAAGGACAAGUUGAGCAGUUCAAGAACGCGGCGGAACAGGAGAAACAAAAAGGAAGACCAGUGAAACCGAAAGACGUCGGAGAUUUGAAUGUUUUGUACAACGACAAACAUAGAUUGGGAAGAAUUACUUCUCUCAUCAAUUUCGUUGAUUCCAGAUUGAACAGACAACAGAGAUUGGAGUCAAAUGAUUCUCCUGACGGACCUAUUUCUUAUCAGCCAACAAUCACUGAACUUCCGUCUCUUCCUCUCGAUAUAACACAGACAUUGACAAUUGUUGAUUUCGGACAUUUCAAGCCUGGUUUCGAGAGUUAUCCUGUUGGAUAUGUCGCCAAAAGACAGUACUUCUCUUUGGAAGACCCGAAUGAGAAAGCGUGGUACGAGGCAUCGACAAAGAUCAAUGAAGAGAACCAGUUCAGAUUCGUCGUGAAACCAAUUGAUGACGAUGUAGACAAAGUGUUUGAGAGCCACACUUCUUCUGGAGCUUGGGAAGCUUUGAUUCAGGAGAUUCAAACUGUGAAGGCAAGGAAAGGAAUGCCAAAGAGAAAACACACAACAGUUUCAGGUCCAUUUAUGUAUGGAUUUUCUGCUGAUACUGUUGCUGCUUGUUUGAGGUUCUUAAGAGAUCAGGAUCUUAAUCAAUAA